AUGCAGAUGCUGGUAUCCUGGUUUGUGCUUCUCACAACAGCUAGCUGUGUAAGUUCAUUCGUUACAGGUUUCUACGCAAAAAUCGAUCAAACCACUUUUUCAGAUGGAUCUCGACGCAGCGCUGGAUGAAAUGAUAAAAUGGGAUACACAUCACGCUGAUCCGACACCGGGGCCAGCUCCAGCUCCAGCUUUAGCUCCAGCUCCAGCUCCAGCUCUAGCUCUAGCUCCAGCUCCAGCUCCAGCUCUAGCUCCAGCUCUAGCUCCAGCUCUAGCUCCAGCUCUAGCUCCAGCUCUAGCUCCAGCUUCAGCUCUUCAGCCCGGUUCUUCUGUUUCAUCUGACUCAAAUGAAUCCGCUUCAAAUGAGUCACAUCUUAGUAAGUUCUCUGUUGUGAUGAACACUCGGGUCUUUUCCAGAAGUUACUGGAAUCUAUUCACUCAACAAAAAACAAAAAUGGACCAAAUUGAAGAAUCGAAGUGAGUUGUUUAAAGCUGCAUUUUAUUUAGAAAUAAUGAAUUUUCGUCCAAUAUCUUAUUUUUCUAUUUGAUUUUUUUAUUCAAAUAAAAGACUGUGGUCAUUUAAUUUGAAGCCAAUUCAUCUGGAAAAAAAGAACUCGAAAAAAAUAUUCGUUCCUAGCAAACCUCAACUUCAGAGAACAAAUUUGUGAACUUUUUAACUAGUUGCACAAAUAACUCUAUUCAAUAAUUGAAAUGAAAGUUGUACAGAGAAGGGCAAUUACGAGAUUUCUCUGAGUAAGCUCCCAAAUGCCGGCAAGAUGCGUAUUGAAAUCGACAACCCAAAGAAAAAGAAAAUAAGGUCAGAAAAACCAUUUUUUCGGUGUACUUUGGUAUUUUGCAGCAUACGAACUGAGGGGUGCAAAAAGACCUUCAAAAAUAUAUCAAAACGCUUGAGCACAAAAAAAGAAAAAUUCGAGCUCCCAUUGAGUAAGUUUCACUGUGAUAGUAUAGUUUAAAAAAAUAUAUGUUUGCAGAAUUCUCGAAAAAGGUGGAUUGUGUAUUGACGCUGAAAAAUUCGCCAAGGAAAAUCGCAACCAACCAAUGUGAAAAUUCGCUUCCAGAAAAAAAGUGAAGCAACAGUUCGUGUUUUUUUAAUUUUUUUCUAUUUUUUUCACUCAAUCGUUCGUAGUUUAUCGAAUAAAUAUUGAGAAAAAUUUUUUUGUUGUUUUUUUCUUGAAAGUGGGAAAAUAUUGAAAAAAAUUGAUCCUCUGGAAAAAUUUUUUUCAAUAAAAUUGUUUUUGAUUCGUAAUACAAAGUUUUUCAUUACGAGUGUGCUAUUUUUGUGCGAUCAACAGAACCUCACUGACAGUGUCAGCUCAAACAAUCCCAUUUUGGUUCUUUUUUUCAAUUGGCAAAAAAAAUAAUAAAAAUAUUUGGAAGGAAGGCCGACGGUGGGAUUAUGGGUUGCAAAGGAAAUUCUGACGAAAAAUUGUUUUUCGAAAUAUCGCGCAGUUGGCAAUUGUAACAAUUCUGGUUGGAUUUCCAAACAGAGAGAUUUCGGAAAAAAAUUUAUAAGAAAUCCCACACUUCACGCUAGAUCUUUUUUUCUUUCUAAGCGCAAAUUUCCAUUCUGGGAGAGCUACUCUGACUUUAUACUAAAUUUCAUUGCAGUUAUUUUCUUAAUUAUGUAAAAUUAUGGGAAACUUCAUUCUCCGGAAAAAAAAAACUUGAAAAAGUUUCAAACUUCCCAAUAGUCUAGCUGAAAGUCCAAGUUUAGCCGUUAAGCAGAACUGCUAGUAAAAAUGAAUUUCGUUAUCAAAAAAAAUCUGAAAAAAAACUUAUUUCGUCUGACGGAAAGUUUACUUUCUAUUUUGAGGGAGCUGUACAUUUGUUAUUUUUUGAAAAGAACUGAAUAGUGUGUGUGCUGAGAGAGGAAAUUUCAUCGAACGACAUUCCUCAGUUAGGUGAGCGCUGUUGCAAAGCGUUUUGUCUUUGCAAAUUCAAUACGUCAUAUUCAUUAUUUCCUUUUUUUGAAAUAUUUACUAUUUUCAAUCAAAUAAAUCAUUUGUUUGGAUGUUUCAUUCAUAGAUUUAAUCGACUAGGCGGUGAACAAGAACUUUUAAAGUUAUAACGAACAACUGCCUUUAUUAAACUAGAAGUCCUAACUUGUAUUCGAAAGAGUUGAAAAGAUGGUCUUACGGAAUCUCUAUACUUUUCCAAAUCGAAAAUCGAAUUUCAAAGUUUCCAUCUAACGAGCAGUCCCCAAGCCCAUCUACAAGAGCUGACCUGAGCUGGCCGAGGUGCAAUCGAAUGGAAAAUUUAAAAAAACAAGACUAAAGAUUGUAAGGACUUUUUUACAGCUUGAUCGAUAAAAGAUCAAAAAUCGUCCCGCGCAAUAAUCUCGGAGCGAGAUUUUUGCGAGUUCGUCAAUGUACCGCCAGCGGCCGCACAUUUUUCUUGCGCCAGACGCGGCAGUUAUUCUUAGGGGGAUUACUCAUUAAAAACAAGAAAAACGAAACUUGAAAGUUUUUCAUUUUAUUUUGUAGGUGGAUCGUUCAUAAUAAGUCUGUGUAGCUUUUUGGGCGCUCUUAAGGUGGGGAAUGCCUGAUUCACCGCUAAGCUUAAAUUUCAAUUUAAACGCUCUUCUUUAAAAAAAAAAGAAGUUUCAAAAAGUUUUUUUAGAAAAGGCAAUUUCAUAUGAAAAAAUGCCUAUUCGAAAAGAUAACAAAGCAGAAAAAAACAUUUUUUUGCAUAACAUCCGUAACGGUUCGGAAAAAAGAUGACGCUUCAAAAUUAGCAUUAAUGUUUUGGUUUCAAAAGACAUAAAUAGAAAGAUGAAAAAGCUUUUCUAGUCAUCUCUUUGCCUGUUCCUGUUCUCUCUGCGUAUACAGCACGGUUGAGAUGAGGACAAUUUUUUUCUUUUUUUGGCGGUUCUCCUCAUUUCAGCAAACUGCUCUUUGGUGAUUCAUUUCAUUGGUGGAAGCUCACAAUUUACUUUUUUUCAGAAGCUGAAAAAAAUGAAACUUUGCACAAACGUCAAAUAAAAAGUAGUAAAACUUUAUCUAAAAAAAUUUUUUAUUGGAUUUUUUUCAAACAACUUUGUCGUAAGUUCUUCCUUACAGGCAAUUCGAUAACAUACGAACCGAAAAAAAGGAGAAGUUCAAUUUUUGGAAAAUCACAGGUAUUAUUUUUAACUGUGUUAAUUCUUUAUAGUAAAUAUACAAUUGGGUUCGAAAAAAUUCGAAAAAAAUUGAAAAUCAAAAACUUUUUCAGAAGAUCAUGUAGAAGUAAAGUUGGAGAGCUUGGAAAAGACAGGGAGACUCCCGAUUUUGAUCAAUUUCCCCGGCAAAAAUAAUCGGUUUGAAGAAUCAUUGCAGUCGCGCUAGUUUUUUUUUCUAGAUAUCAAUGGAUAGCGAAGAAAUGUAAGAAGACGUUCAAGAAAGUGCAUUUCACUUCGAAGAAAAACACACACCGCAUUGAAUAUGGCAAGUCAAAGAACUCCGUUUAACGUUACAAAAGAGUUUCAGUGAAAGUCGAAAAUCCCCAAGAUUGUAAAGCAAUUCUAUUGAUCAAGAACGGGAAAGAAAAGAAAAAAGUCGCUAUCAAGUUCACUGGAUCUGAAUAA